AUGGGUCUCCGGAUCCGGGUGUCAGACAUUCAGACAACGUUCUACCUAAUACUGGUUGUGAUUGGGAUCCUGGGAAAUGCAAUGAUCAUUGGUGUGAUUGGCAAGGGUGUUAUCAGGGACCAAGGUGGAGGUCGCAGUUCGGACAUGAUCCUGGUGAACAUGGCCUUCUCCAACCUCAUGGUGUCCAUCACGAGGAACACCCUGUUGGUCAUAUCAGAUCUGGGAGUUGAGCUGUACUCAUCCAGAGAAUGGUGCCAGUUCCUCAUGGGCCUGUGGGUGUGGAUGCGCUCCGUGAACGCGUGGUCCACCUUCUUCCUCAGCGCUUUCCAUUUCCAGACUCUCCGGCGCAUCACUCCCAUCUCGGUCAACAGAGGCCUGUCCAAAUUUGUGUUUGCUGUCUUUGCCAUCAUUUGGGUCAUCAACCUGCUGUAUGCCAUCCCUGCAUAUAUCUUCUCAACCAGUGGGGACAGGAACUCAACAGAGACUUUAAUGUUAGUGAGCAGCACCACACGCCCCCUGCUGGGCUGCGUGUGGAACUUCCCCAGCUCCUACAGUGGCCUGGCCUAUGCGACAACCUCCAUGGUGAUCCAUGAGAGCCUCCCCAUCAUCCUGAUGAGCUUCACCAACCUGGGCUCGCUGCUGACGCUCUAUGCCCACCAGAGCUCUAUCCUUCACACGCAGAGGAGCCCAGAUGCCCCCGUCAUCAGGAGAGUGCCCGCUGAGAGACGCGCUGCAAAGGUGAUUCUGGCUCUGAUCAUGCUGUUCAUCUCCUCCUGGGGUACCAGUAUCAUCUCCGUAAACUACUUCAAUUACAACCGUGGCUCAUCUACAGAUUUUCUGUUGAUCAUUGCUCGCUUUGCCAAUAUCACCUUCAUUGCACUGUCCCCUAUUGUCCUUGCUUUUGGACACAGAAGAUUACGAGCCUUUCUGAAGGCAUUGAUCACUUACUGAAGGCUAGACCCUCGCACACCAAAGAAUUCCCAUCACCAAAAUGAAAUGAAAACUACCCCUUCAAGAGCUUUCAGUGAACAUUUUGAGCUUGUCUAGUUCUUGUCUUGUUCUCACCACUUACUCAUACAACUAUAAAAAUCAAAUGUAUCACAAAUGUGUGGAGAAAUGCUGUAAUUAAAAUCAGU